AUGGACGGCUUCGACGAGGAAGCUUUUAAACAGUUCUUUCCGAGCGGUUUUGGGAAACAAGAGAAGCAGACCGAUGUCGUCGCCCAAAUCGACCGAUCAAAGCGAACUGAUGUGAAGCCGAAAUCCGAAGACGCGCAAAAUGCGCAAAGCGACUUGAGAAUACAAGACUCCAAGGCUGCAGAGGCAGAAGAUUCGGUAAAAGAUUCAGACAGUGAUAGCAAUGAUGAUGACGACGACGACGACGACGAUGAAGACGAAUUCCCCGUAUCGCAUGAGCUCGUGCUCAAGACACACGAACGCGCCGUGACGACAGCGUCCCUUGAUGUAGCUGGAGGUCGACUUGUUUCUGGCUCUACGGACUGCACAAUAAAACUUCACGACUUUUCCUCAAUGACGCCCUCUACGAUCCGAGCUUUCAAGUCCGUCGAUCCGAGUGCAAAGAAGCAGUCGGCAGCACAAGAGACACACCCAGUGAAUUAUGUCGCCUUCAACCCCAUAUCGCCUAGCCAAAUGUUGGUUAUUCCCGCCACGCCCCAGCCGAAGAUUUACGACCGGGAUGGCAAUGUGCUCAUCGAAUUUGUCAAGGGUGACAUGUAUUUGCGGGACAUGCACAAUACCAAAGGCCAUGUCUCGGAGGUUACGUCAGGUGCUUGGAGCCCUACGGACCAUAAAUUAUGCGCCACUGCCGGUACAGACAGUACUAUUAGGAUUUGGGACGUAAAUGUCGGCCGAAAUCAAAAAGAGGUUAUUGUUCACAAGUCCAGGGCUGCUGGUUCAGCGGGAAGGACAAAGGUAACCGCUGUUGCAUGGGCUUCUCCAAAACAGGGCGGGCCCAAUGUACUCGUUGCCGCGGGAUUUGAUGGCAGUAUAGCUAUGUGGAGUGGCGAUGGCCCUUAUACUAGACCAGCUGCAGAGGUCAGAGACGCGCAUACCAGGGAUACUUGGACCGGCGGUGUUGAUAUUAGUGCUGAUGGGCGGUUGGUAGUGACGAGGGGAGGCGACAAUACUAUCAAGCUGUGGGAUACUCGGAAAUUCAAGCAGCCCAUCACGACCGUCAUCCACCAGUCAACUUCAGAUCAUUAUCCAACGACUAACAUCAAAUUCUCGCCAACUGGUACCAACAUCAUCACCGGCUCCGACACGGGCCAUCUCCAUAUCUUGAACCCAGCGACACUAAAACCGGAGCUUGUGACGCCUGUCACACCAGGGUCUCCUUUGGUCACCGUGCUUUGGCACGAUAAAUUAAAUCAAAUCCUAACGGGUUCUGUCAAUGGCGAAAUGCACAUGCUCUAUAACCCGACAAUGUCCACCAAGGGCGCGGCUCUUGUUAUGUCCAAAGCUCCCAAGCGACGGCAUGUUGAUGAUGACCCCAACUUCACAACGGAUAUAUCGCAAGGUUUCUCUGGUGACUCAAUGGGUGUCGGGGCAAACGGCAUGCCUCAGUCAGCGGCGGCAAGCUGGUCUGCUCGCCAUCCCACAGUUGGCCUCACAGUAUCCGGGCGCUCAAGAGAUCCUCGUCGGCCGCAUCUCCCUGCUCAAACUCCGUUUGCAAAGUCGCAGCCUGAUGCAAAGCACAUUCGCGAAAGCAUUCCACUCAGCUCCAUGCGCGACGAAGAUCCUCGAGAAGCAUUGCUGAAGUAUGCGGACAAAGCCAAGAAGGAUCCUAUUUUCACCAAGGCUUGGGAAAAGACUCAGCCUAAGACUAUAUAUGCCGAAAUCAGUGAUGAAGAGGACGAGCGCCCUGACAAGAAAAAAGCAAGGCGAUAG